AUGCCGCAAUGCUCAAAAUGCAUAGAGCGCGGUCAGGACUGUUUGGGCUACCAGCGCCUGUUGCUCUGGCAAGAUGGCGUCGCAAGUCGCGGAAAACUCGUCGGUCAAAAGUAUGGCGCGAAGCAGCAGCCUGAAUCUCGUCGAGAACCUUACGCCAAAUCUUCUUCCGCUCAAGAGUGGCAGAGGGCCAGAGUCGCAACCGUACGAAAUCAGUUGCCGUUAUCGAGGCCUUUGACGGAUCCAUUGACACAAGACCUGAACGAUGUAACAAGAUCGUAUCUAUCCUACUUCGCCAGUGUUGUCUGCCGAGAUUUUGUUGUCUACGACUCAGAGCACAAUCCAUUCCGUGAUAUCAUACCACUGACACAUAAUCACCCGAUUCUCCUGCAGAUAAUCAUUGCCAAUGCAGCAAUCCACAUGUACAAUGCAACUCAGCCGUUUCUUAUUCCAGGGAGUUCUGAUGAUGGGCAGGUUUUCGCCUCUCCGCGAAACAAGCCUGGCAACCUGUACUCCGACGCUUUGGCGGCAAAGCAGCGAGCACUGACUAUGCUCAGGCAAGUCCUCGCUCAGCAGGCUCCCAAGGAUAUCGACGUAACUUUAGCAGUCGUGAUCAUGUUCAUCAACUUGGAGCUUAUGGAUGCUAAAGCAGCUGACUGGAUCCAUCACAUCAAUGGCGGGAGAAAGAUUAUAGAAGCGUUGGGCAAGUCUGAGCGGCUGCAAAUUACCACCGCAAGCCCGUUGCGCCGCUUCUUGGUAUCGAGCUGGAUGAUAUCCAGUGCUCUUGGUUUCGUCUCCUCUAACGCGGUGCAUGACUUGCCAGACGAUGUAUCUAGUGACAACACGGAACGCGCUGUCGAAUCAUUGAUACGUGAUGCGGAAGGCAAUCACUGCUCGUCUUUCCCAACAAUCCUCUUACAGCUCCUACGAAAUGGUGUUCGACUGAGCCAAUCUGUAAGCUCGAUCUCUCUACGCAACAAACGAGACAGGGUCUUGAUGCUCGUAUGUACCGCCAAAACAUUCGACCCACGCGCCUGGGCUACAGAUCUGCGGUCACCAUGUCCAUCCCCUGACCUCGAGGAGCGUAUUCAUGUGGCUAGCGCACACAAAGCAGCUGUUAUCAUCUAUCUCUCCCGACUGCUAGUCUCGAUGUAUACCGGCUCCAAACCAACAUGUGACUUCGAAUCUCUGGUCACGGAGAUUGUGGAAAACCUUUCGAUGGUCACUGAUGAGAAUAGCCUCUACACGGCAAUCACCUGGCCAGCAUUCAUCGCAGGUGCGGAGACGAACUCAACUUUACAUCAACGGUUCGUCUGGACGAGGUUGGAACGUCAAUGGGAACUCGAGCCGUGGGGAUUGUAUCGCAAGGCUGCAGAUAUUUUGCAGACCAUCUGGAACGCAAAGAACUGUAUACCGGCCAUGGACGAUGAUCAGAUACGAGACGGAGACUGGGUCCAGUAUUUGAGGCAAAGAGGUAUCGAUUGGCUAAUUCUCUGA